CAGUAGAAUUUAGUGACGAGAGCAUGGAUGAUGCAAAGCACCUUCUUCAGGCAAUCUCCUCAUUUAUUAGAGAUGCAAAUGCUUAUGUAAAGGGACAGCUGGUAUGUGACCCUGUUAGAGAAGACAUACUGUGGGAAAGGCUAGCCAACACAAAAGUAACCGUGAAGGCUGCGUUUGCAGAUGACUUUGACACCUCCAGGGCUGUUGCAGCAAUUAUGGACCUCAUUCACCAUGGCAACAGACAGCUUAAGGCUGUUACUAAGGAUGCUGGAUCUCCUAGAAGCUCUGUUGUGUAUGGAAGCAUUAUUUCCUAUAUAGAAGGCUUUUUUAAUGCCCUUGGGAUGUCCUUUGGAGAAAGACAGGUGGCUCUGAGAGGCGGCAACUCAGCCGUGCUCUCUAAUGUCAUCGAUGAGCUUGUAAGGUUCCGUGCGAAGGUCCGUCAUUACGCACUUGCUCUGCCAGAAGCAGCAGAAGCUGUGCCGAUGGAGGCUGCUGUGGGAGCCAAGGGAUCGAAACAAGAAGAGAAGGAGAAGAGGCAGCAGUUAAUGCAGGAGAGGAAGCCCCUCCUGGAGGCUUGUGACAGUCUGCGUGGAGACCUUGCUGCCUUUGGAAUCCACAUACAGGACAGAGCUGCUGUUUCAACCUGGGAAAUUGUAGAAGGAGGGCAAGCGGAGCAGUCGACUGAGAAAAAAAGCUGA